CGGGGCUGGAGUGUUAUUGUUCACGUUUGAUCUCAGGGUUGUCGUCGGCCACUACAGUUUUGGGGACACCCCUUACGACUUCGAGGAAUCUGGGCAUCACGACUUCGAGGUUCCAGACUCCAACGCAACUCCAACGUAUAGAUAGGUUUAGACAAGGGCGGCAAGCUCAGGGCGUCCUUACAGCUAGGCAAGGCUGGGCAAGGGACUUGCGUUUUGGACAGCUCCCAAACACUCAGACAGCCGACGCCAGGGCUCAGCACACUGGUAUAGCAGAAGCAUAUCCAUGGCCUCCCAAGAGCGACGUCGCAUGGCUCCGGCAUUUGCUGUCCUGCUUUCCCCCGACAUAUUCCACCACCAUCUGGUGAAGUAUCUCCCGCUGCUUUCGCUGGUUCGCUUGUACAGCACCUGUAAGAGUCUCCGUCAAAGGCUUCUCCCGUGGAAUCCGAACCUUCCGUUGUUCUCACAUCUUCAGCAGCAUGUGGCGAGCUUGGACUACAGUCCAACCACCCGUGAACAGUUUGAAGCACACCAGGAAGCUUCCACGAUUUUGGAAGGGUUUUUACUUGCCCGAACGAAGGAGCCCUCUCCGCUCUACACGCAUCUCUACACCGACUUCAAUAUCGUCCGGGAACGAGCGACAAUAGUCACCGAAUUUCAGCAUUCAAUAGUCGUGUGGAGCGACGCUGUCGGUUUCGCGCAUGUGACUAUUGACGGUGUCUUCGGCCGCUACACAUCGGCAGAUGUGUUGGAUCCCGAUGUCUGGGAAGGGUACUGUCGAGUGUAUGCCCAGCUGCCCCAUGAGCAAAUCAAGAUGGUCUACGACUGGCACGGCCAUGACGGGUCGGUCUCUGCGUCAAAUCUGGAAGCUCUGAGCGCUCGGCUCGGCAUGACCGAAAAAAAUCUCAAAGAAAUCUUGGCCAAUGCCUUCAUCCGCUUUGCCGUUGACUUUGACUUCAAACCAUAUAAGUUUCCACGUUUAGAUCUAGACGUUGAAAGUGAACCAUUCAGUGAAGAGCAACUUGACGCCGAUGUCUGGGAAGGCCAAGGCUUCCGCCCAAAGUAUCACGAACAUGCGCCUCGGAUGCCGCCUGCUGUCAGGGAAGCGCUAGAUGCCCUCACCACACGACGGAAUGCCAUCUCGAUCCUUCCCUGCUACGUAUGGGGGGAUCUGUACGAUACGCUCCAAGUCCAGCGUAGCAAGGCACAUGCGAUGAUGCUCAGGGGAAUAUAUAGAAGAGUGCUUCAAUCGUCUGCCGCACGCACGGAACUGGAAGCGGAGUUGGACGCUGCAUGAGACCCUUUGGCCCAAAUCGAAACAAACUAUCUGGUAUUCGGGCCAGGCAAAAAACACAAGAUAAAUGGCCUCGACAAUGUGCUUGAUCAGUCGAUCCAAAAUCACUACUUCUUCUACCUUAUCGGAAACCAUGGCACUGUCACU